ACGGCUACAUUCACUGUGUUAUAAUGCAUCUGAUUAAUAAAUUGUCAAAAUUACAAAUAAAUUACGUCCAAGUGAAUCGCUAAAAACAUGCAGCGACAGCUUCAACGUCUUAUUCCAGUCGGAAAGAUGGUCUACGAUUUACAAAUUUCGCCAGGACACCACUGAAUCACGUAAAUCCCAAAAAAGAGAAGUGUAUUUGUUUUUCCUCCUUUAUUUUUCAUUUAAAAGAAAGAAAAUUAAACACAGUUCGAGUUAAUAUCGGAAUAUUGAUAUGGGUUGUGUUAGUAGUCGAACAGAUAUAAACGAUUUACAUCCGAAUGUGUUCCAAGUAAUCAACGUGGAUGAACAUGGACAUGUUAUAAGUCCAGGGAGGUUGGAAAUAACAGAAACCGAAUUGGUACUUCAUCAAAAAAAGAAACAACCAACCAGAUGGCCCUUGAAAUGUUUGAGGAAGUACGGUUUUGAUUCUGAAGUGUUUAGUUUUGAAUGUGGGAGACGUUGCCCGACGGGAGCAGGUAUUUAUGCAUUUCAAUGUCGCCGUGCUGAGUUUUUGUUCAAUAUGGUUCAGCAAAGUAUACAAUCGAGGAAUUUAAACGACGACAACCAUAUUAAUUUAAUAAACGACUUUUCUAACCCACUUCCUGUAACAACUACGGUUAUACAACAACGUAGACUUUCCUCCUCUCAACCGGAAGGUUAUUUAAAUCCAACCCCCGCGCCUUCGGUUCGUUCUCAUCCUAGUUUAAGUCGACCCGGUUCUAUUACAAGUAACGGUCCGAUCUCACCACCCGUGAUAUCCCCAUUAUCAGUGGACGAACGAAAUAAUAAUAAACGCGAUAGUUUAGUAUUUGAACAACAUUCGUAUACAAAUAAUCCAAUCAUUGAAGAAACCCCAGCUUAUAUCAACAUUAACCCCACAAAUGUAACUGAAAAUUACGUGAAUCUACCAAAUAAUAUCACUUCAAAUCUAAUAAUACAAAGUACAGAAACAAAUCAUUUAUACAUGAACAUUACUUGCGAUAAUCCGGAAGCUACGCCAAUUUUAAUAAAUAAUACCAAAGAGUUUUCAUUAGAAGAAAUGCAUUGUUAUGCAAAUAUUGAUCCGAACGAUUUGGAGUCGUUGAAAUCAUCAACAGUGUUGGUUGAUUCUCACCAUCAGAGCGUGCCGGCCACUCCGACUUCUUUAAAUUCAUCUCCUGCGUUUAAAGAAGUGAAUUACGCGGAACUUGAUUUAGUUCCUAGUAAAGAUAACGCGCCCGAUAGUCCGAGUACGGUACAAAAAAGUUACGUUACGAUUGAUUUUAAUAAGACGACGGCUCUUUCACAAUCGGUUAAUCCUCGAAUUGAAAUCGAGGAAGGUAGUCGUAAAACAAGACAUAACUCGACUAUCAACGAUGUAAUGCCAACGCGACAUAGUAAUUCGCUCAGUGAUUAAAAGGGAAAUGAUUUCUCUAAAGAGGCUAUUUUUAUUUUAUUAAUUAUGUUUGGGUAACCACUUUUAGUUUUUAAAUUUAACCAGUAUUCAUUUUGCCAAUAAUAAUAAAAAAUUCUUUUAAUAUAGCACAAAAUAUCAAUACAAAAAUUGUUAAUAGAAUAAAAGUGGUUAUCCAUUUUGCCAUAUGAAACAUUUGUAACCCGCGAAAGAAGAUAAACCCCGUGCCAAAUAUCUAAACAGAUGAUGCCAAAGCGAAAGGAACCCCUACCAAAGAUUUUUAUACUCGGAUCUUGCCAAAUAAAAAAAAAUUAUUUCAUCACGUGAUAAUUUUUUUACAUGAUUAUCAUAGCGCGACGUUAUUUUUUUAUUUAUUUUUUUGUUUUAUUUCUUUUUUAAUGUUACGAACGUGCUACGCAAUAUAAGUUGAUGAAUGAGUAAAGGAAUUGAUUAUUUUUUUUAAAUAUUUUUUUAUAAAAUAUGUAUUAGAGGAGGAUAUGUAUUGUUUAUUUUUACUUUUAGCGAGUAGAGUAAUAUUGUACCAAAGAUAUUUUUGAUUGCUGUUAAUGUUAAGAACUUAAGAGAAAUGUUUAUAAAUAAGAGUAACGAUUGUUUAAUAAGAUAUAUGAAUAUAUGUUAUUGUAUUCAAGUUUAAAGAAAAGAACAACAAAAUAGAAUUAUAUAGAAUAUAUUUAAUUUUUAAUAAAUAUUUUUCAUGUAAAAUUA